AAACCCAGCCAUUGGCAUAAAAAUACCCACGCUGGAGAAGCUGACUUCUGUUUGCGGUCCAGCGCAAGCGGUCUGGUGAUUACGUCAGUUUUUUUUAAAGUCUUGAUUACACAGAAGAAGUAGAAAAAAAAUAUAUAAACAGAAUUUUCCAUGCGUUGCUUGUGGUGCUGUAUCACAACCAAGGCAUCUCUCUGGGAUUUUGUGACGAGCCUGAGCAAGCCGAGAACUUCGGUUCGAAAGUUAGGGAUCGGCACUUUAUUGUCGGGAAGUCGUUCGGACAGCACACAGCCUCGGAGGUAGACUGUGGUGCCGAGUCUCAAGCGAAAGGUUGUUCAAAACGGUUUUUUCACGUACGGCACGAAAGAAGUUCAACGCUGUUACAUGCAUACGUGCUCUGGAUCUGUUAUGGACUUCACAAUCGCCUUCAUACUGCAAGCAACACUUCUAACGGGCCUCGCUACGGGACAACGCUACAUUGGCGUUACGCUGGCAGACGUGGGCGCAAGUGCCACCCUGGGCUGCCAAAUCACCGACAUGAGCUGGAACAGCAGCGAAGCGUUUCAAGUCACCUGGAUAUGGGCUCCGAGGAAUUCUGUCCGAAAAAAACACGUGCAAAUAUUGCAGCAAAGCAAGUCUGAAUUCCACGUGCAACAAUAUUUCCAGAACAGGCUAACGAGCGUAUCGAAGGAAGGCUACAAAUUUGGCGUCUUUUCUCUGAAUAUCUCCAAAGUAAGGCGGGAAGAUUCUGGGAACUAUACCUGUCACGUGAAGGUAAACUCAGCGACGCGGAGUUACGUGACGCAUCUUUUCACAGACGAAGAAUUCGCUACAAGGACGGCUUCAAAUAACAUCUUCGUGAGCGCCAGUGAAAACAAACAUGCUUCAUUGCCUUGCGAUUUGUCCAACAUUAAACCCCAGAAGAAUCGAGGGGUUUCUUGGUUUUUGCAUGGCGACAAAAAACAAAGAUCCCAGUUGUACUUUGAGCGAUUCAUGUACAACAGUAGCCUCUACAAAGCGCACAGGUACAGCGAGAGAAUCGAAGUGCCGCUGAAAGACUUUGAAAAUAGCGUGUUCUCGCUGCAAAUAGACAACAUCAACAAGGACGACUUUGGAGUGUACACGUGCUUCGUGUACGACGGCGGCCAGAUUUACGAGCGCUCAGUGAGGUUAUACUCCGACAAAGAACGAAUGCCAACCAAUGAAGACAUUUUAAAAUUCGAUGGAUCUUAUAUCACGUCGUCUUCGCCACAACUGACCACUCCGACCAAACAACCCUGGUGCCCCCUCGUUCAAUGCUUAGUGCCUUCCAUUUUGGCGGGUGUAUUGGUCGUCAUUACCCUGUGCAUCAUCAUCACCGUCUACACGCACAGAUGGAUGUGCAAAGGCAAGAUGUGCUUCAUGCCCCUCCCACCCCCUUUUUGUCAAAAUUCAAAGAGCGAUGUCCCCACGCCCCCGCUAGAACGAGAUUCGCGGUGGCAAGUCAAUCCAAAAGCACAACCACUGUUGACUUUCCCACAAAGUGAUGCUCAGUGUAUCGAUUGACCGAGAGGGAUGAUGGGACUCUGAGUCAACCCCCAAACAGGAUUUGAACUCCCCAGACAUUCUGUUUGCAAAAUUAUUGGUCUUCCACUGAGCCAACUGGCCAUUUACUGACAUUGUACAGGACACACGUCUAUAUCCGCUUGUACACUUACUGUUGGAUAAUGGCCGAGCCCAUGCUGUGCAGAUAGUGGUGGCUGUUUGACCAUACGUCACCAAUUUGGGCAACGCUGGUUGGUGAAGUGGGGGAGGACGGCCGGGCGGGAACGGUUAAAAUGUCACUUGCUAGGGAAGUAAACCAUGGCCAGGAAUGGGACUCAGGUUACCGGGUUCAUCCUGCAAUGCGCCAACCACUUCGCCACCGCACCACGCACAGUAGUGCUCACUGCCACUUUGCACGUGAUGUCUGAAAGUCAGGGAGCAUGAAUGUGGGCACAGAGAGACACAUAAAAACAAUGGAUCUUACUGCUGAACACGUAGUAGGGCUUUCACGAACAAUAUCAUCCAUAAUACAGGUGUUUUUUUGGGUUAGAUCGCGUAAAUAUAUAAAUGUGUUGUUGAA